AUUUUCAGGAAGGAUGAAUGUCUUGGGUCCACAAAUUACACAUAUAAUAUUUGACUUGGAUGGACUGCUACUUGAUUCAGAGACAAUUUAUACCCAAGUUAAUACAGAAUUGAUGAAAAGCUAUGGUAGAGAGUUCACGAUGGAAUUAAAAAAGAAGACAGCUGGUAUGAAAAUGAAUGAUGCAAUUAAAAUGAUGCUUAAACAUGAACACUUGAUUGGUACAGUAAAUUUGGAGGAGUACAGUGCGAAAUAUUUAGACUUGCUGGGUAAAUAUCUUCCUGAAAGUCAAUUAUUGCCUGGCGCUAUGCAGCUAGUGAAGCAUUUCGCUAAACAUAAAAUUCCAACAGCAAUAUGUACUGGAUCCAAUACAUUUGAAUUCAAUGCAAAAAUGAAAAAUCAAAAGGAAUUGUGCGAUCUCAUUCCACUUUAUGUUCUGGCUGGUGAUGAUCCUCAUAUUAAAAAGGGAAAGCCGGAACCAGAUGGGUUUUUGGAGACAAUGCGGCGAUUUUCAGUAAAACCGGAAAGUGCCGCGCAUGUUUUGGUGUUUGAAGAUUCGGUAAAUGGUGUUUAUGCUGCGUUAGCGGCUGGGAUGCAUGUUGUGAUGGUACCAGAUUUGCGUUAUUCAAGUCCUGAGAAAUGUAAGGAUAAAGUAACACUGAUAUUGAAUAGUUUGGAGGAAUUUAAACCAGAAAUAUUUGGCUUACCUCCAUAUGAUUGAAUUGAGCAUUUGUAGUUCUUUUGUGAUGCGUCAGCCGUACUGACAAAGGAUAUCAUAAUUGGAGGUGUUGUUACCCAUAUCUUAGUGCGCUGUAGACUUUAGGAAAGUCCUUUUCUUGCUCGUAACGAUGGGUGCUGAACAUCACUAAGGAAAUGGAUUUCGCGUAAGUCACGUUGCUUAAUCAUUCUUUAUUUACUUCAAAAAUUGAAGAUUUUCCAUAUUAUACUUGCGCAUAUUUGUUAAAUAUUUAAAUUAGUCAAAGCCAUUAGAAUUCGUCAAAUUGUUCA